CCCUAGCAACGUGCGCCUGCUGCUAGGGGCGGAGGUGCGGGAGGGUUCGGAGGCUGCUCACACCCCCAGGCUCCGCGUUCCCGCCGGCCCCAGCUCCAGCCCCGCAGCCCACCGUGCAAACAUGCUUAGACAGAGAAGAGAUUAACUUCAGUGGCUUCCCACUAAUUACAGAGAUUAAGAAGUGGCUGCCUGAACUAUUUUCCAAAGGAUACACAUUACAAAUUAUUGAAUAGGGCAGCUCACCAAGAAGUUCCUAUUGGUUUGGGGGGAACACAACUUCCAGCAGCCACAAGGGAUGCUGCUACUUAGGUGCCAACUGAAACAAGCUCCUCCACAGAAGGUUUCGUGUAGGUUUUGUGUCGUGAUGGGGAAACAGCAAAGCAAACUCAAACACAGCACUUAUAAAUACGGCAGGCCUGAUGAAAUUAUAGAAGAGAGAAUUCAAACUAAAGCUUUUCAAGAGUAUAGCCCAGCUCACAUGGAUACCGUCUCUGUCGUGGCUGCUUUGAACUCAGACCUUUGUGUCUCUGGAGGGAAAGAUAAGACAGUUGUGGCCUAUAAUUGGAAAACUGGAAAUGUGGUGAAAAGGUUCAAAGGACAUGAACAUGAGAUCACCAAGCUAGCCUGUAUUCCCAAAUCCAGCCAGUUCUUCAGUGCCUCUCGUGACAGGAUGGUCAUGAUGUGGGACUUGCACGGUUCCUCACAACCAAGGCAGCAAUUGUGUGGCCAUGCCAUGGUGGUCACUGGAUUGGCUGUGAGUCCAGACUCAUCACAGCUGUGCACUGGCUCUCGGGACAACACCCUGCUUCUGUGGGAUGUGGUGACAGGACAGAGUGUGGAAAGAGCAUCUGUCUCCAGGAACGUGGUCACUCACCUGUGCUGGGUCCCCAGAGAACCAUAUGUACUACAGACCUCUGAAGAUAAAACCCUCAGAUUAUGGGACAGUCGGGGGCUGCAGGUAGCUCAUGUGUUUCCUGCAAAGCAGCACAUUCAGACCUACUGUGAAGUCAGUGUGGAUGGACACAAGUGUAUCUCCUGCAGCAAUGGCUUUGGAGGAGAAGGCUGUGAAGCCACGUUGUGGGACCUAAGACAGACUCGAAACAGAAUAUGUGAGUAUAAGGGGCAUUUCCAGACUGUCGCAUCCUGCGUCUUUCUACCAAGAGCGCUGGCCUUGAUGCCUUUAAUUGCUACCUCAUCACAUGAUUGCAAGGUGAAGAUUUGGAACCAAGAUACUGGAGCCUGCCUUUUCACCUUGUCUCUGGAUGGAUCAGGACCCUUGACUUCUCUGGCUGUUGGUGACGCCAUUUCCUUAUUGUGUGCAAGUUUUAACAGAGGAAUUCACUUACUCAGAAUGGACCACAGCCAAGGGCUGGAACUGCAGGAAGUGGCAGCAUUCUGAGGCCAAGAGACACACACUGGACAAUAUCAAACCAUGGCUCCUCCUCAGCAUGGCUUUGUGUCUUUCCCAGUUAUCUUGAGGGGAGUGGGAUGUAGGGCUGGUAUUCUUUGCUUAGGUUCAUUUACAAGAUGUAUCAGUGUUGUAAGUCCAAUAAUUUAAGUCCAGUGAUUCAAAAUCAGGUAUAGAGUCCAGAAACAUGGACUACACAAAAGGUUCUCUAUUUAAGUUAAAUACAAAUGCAACUUUUUAGUGAGCUUUUAGGACUACUCUUCAAAAAAAGUGUAUUGCUCAGAAUGAUGACCUGUAAAUGUAAGAGUGGCAGGCCUCUGUCUGUGAAAGUCAGAACACAGGGCUCGAGCCUCUGGAACUGACCCUUUCCAAGUCUUUACAAAAGAAAAAAGGCAGUGGGGAGAGAGAGUGUUUUGGUUACAUCAGAAAUAAUUGAGAUGGGAAAGAAUAGUGCAGCUCCAUAGAGGAGACAGACUGUAGACAAUGAGAUUAAGCUUCAAUCACUGCUCCUCAGCAAUGUGAAGAAUCAAAGUCAGGGCAAGAAAGCGAAAGCUUGGACUUCUAUUCAAAGUGGCAGCAGAGUGGGAGGGCGGUACCCUUCUAGCCCAAUGCUGCUGAGCUUGUGUGAAAAUCAGACCUGAGAUGGCUUAAAGCAGCCAAGAACCACAUGGGCAUUGCCCAGAAUUACAGGAGUUAGCACACCAGCUCUACAAAUAAGAAAACAUUGAAAUUCAAAGAUUAAGGCCAAAAAUAUCUCACUUGCAAUUUUAAUAUUUUCAUUUGGAUUUAUGUAAAUGAAACAUAUAUAUGUUUUGGAAUGGCCAGAGUGAGGCAAAGGGGAUCCCUGAAAUAACAUUAGAACAUACAGGAAAAACGAGGCAGGCAGAUCACUUUACGUCAGGAGUUCAAGACCAGCCUGUACGUGCGUGCCUGUAGUCCCAGCUACUCGGGAGGCUGAGAUGGGAGAAUCACUUGAACCUGGGAGGCAGAGUUUGCAGUGAGCUGAGAUUUUGCCACUGCACUCCAGUCUGUGUGACAGAAUGAGACCUUGUCUUGAAAAAAAAAACAACAACACACAUACAGGAAAAAAGAGAGGGAUGGAUUCAACUGUGCCCCAGACAUUAAGCCCCCUUCAUUGAGGAGGGGCAAGGUGCUCAGGCCUGCCUGUGUGGCCCCCAGGAGUCAGACCUCAGCCUCAUGCUCACAGGUCCAUUUUCCUCCAGGGAAAAUGGAGUUCUUUCUGCCUUCAGAGAUGCCCACACAUAAGGCACAUGAGGCUGUUGGUGACGCCAUCACCAACACUGGAGAUUCCCUUUCUGACAAGUCCCAGCCAAAGAAAGAUUUUGCAUUUGUCUUCUCUGGCCUCUGCUUGUCUCUGAUACCAGUGGCUGACAGCCACCUUCCUUCUUCCCUCUCUUGGUGUGAUCAUGGCUAACUGCAGCCUCAAUCACCAGGGCUCAAUCAAUCCUCCCUCCUUAGCCUCCUGAGUAGCUGGGACUGCAGGCAUGCACCACCACAUCUGGCUAAUUUUUUGUGUGUUUGUGUGGUCUGAAACCCCUGGGCUCAAGUGAUCCAUCUGCUUCGGCCUCCUUAAGUGUUGAGAUUACAGGUAUGAGCCACCACAUCCAGCUGAGAGUCUGUUCUUAAGCUAGUACAAAGAGUCAGACCCGACUUUGAAUCUCCACUUCUCCAUUUAGCUGGAUGAUCUUGGGCAAGUUAUAAAAUCUGUUUCCUCUUCACUUUAUAACAUGGGUUUCAUGAUCAUACCUCGCCACAGGGCUGUUCUGAAGACUGGACAUAGCUAUUUUAAAUGCCAGGAAAGGCCAGGUGCAGUGGCUCAAACCUGUAAUCCCAGCACUUUGGGAGGCCGAGGCAGGAGGAUCACCUGAGGUCAGGAGUUCGAGACCAGCCUGACCAACAUGGAGAAACCCCGUCUCUACUAAAAAUACAAAAAUUAGCCAGGCGUGGUGGUGCAUGCCUGUAAUCCCAGCUACCUGGGAGCCUGAGGCGGGAGAAUCGCUUGAACCCAGGAGGCGGAGGUUGCGGUGAGCCGAGAUUGUGCCAUUGCACUCCAGCCUGGGCAACAAGAGCGAAACUCCAUCUCAAUAAAUAAAUAAGUAAAUGCCAGGAAAGGUGGUGACAAAUGGUAGCCAUAAUUAUUUAUUGUCCUCUCUGUCCAGACUAACUAAAUGUUCCCUUUUCCGUAUUAAACAUUUACCAUUCUGCCGGACGCGUUGGCUCAUGCCUGUAAUCCCAGCACUUUGUGAGGCCUAGGCAGGCAGAUCACAAGGUCAAGAGAUCGAGACCAUCCUGGCCAACAUGGUGAAACCCCGUCUCUACUAAAAAUACAAAAAUUAGCUAGGUGUGGUGGUGCCCGCCUGUAGUCCCAGCUACUCAGGAGGCUGAGGCAGGAGAAUCGCUUCAACCCGGGAGGCAGAGGUUGCAGUGAGCUGAGAUUGUGCCAUUGCACUCCAGCCUAGGCAACAGAGAGAGACUCUAUCUCAAAAUAAAAUAAAAUAAAAUAAAAAUAAACGUUUACCAUUCCUUGAUCCUUUUUUUUUUUUUUUUUUUUUUUGAGACGGAAUCUCGCUCUGUCGCCCAGGCUGGAGUGCAGUGGCGCAAUCUCGGCUCACUGCAAGCUCCGCCUCCCGGGUUGACGCCAUUCUCCUGCCUCAGCCUCCCGAAUAGCUGGGACUACGGGCGCCCGUCAUCACGCCCGGCUAAUUUUGUUGUGUUUUUAGUAGAGACGGGAUUUCACCGUAUUAGCCAGGAUGGUCUCAAUCUCCUGACCUCGUGAUCCGCCCGCCUCAGCCUCCCAAAGUGCUGGGAUUACAGGCGUGAGCCACUGCGCCCAGCCUUCAUCCACUCUUAGAUCUUAUCCUCUAACCCUUUAGUCAUCGUUUCACUCUCCUUUGAUUCCUUGUUAUGGGUCUUUCAACUCUGGAAAGACAAAGAGAUAGUGGGAGAGGAAGCUCGGUCACUGAGCAUCUACAGAGGGCUAAAUACAUUUAUUCUCAUUUGUUAUUCCCAAUAUUCCCUGUAUUGUGAUUUCCAUUUCACAGAUGAGGAAGCUGAGGGCUAGAAACAUGCAGUACUUUGCCCAAAGUCACACACAUAUUAAGAAGAGCUGAGGUAUGAAUCUGGGUCUGCCUGAUUCAAAGCCCAAAUGCUUUCCUUUGCAUCGUGUCACAAAGUCAUAGACCAUGACAUUGUUUGUAUCUUCAAGACCAGUUAUUAACUUUCUGGCUCCAAGGAGAUCCCCUGCCCAAGUGCCUAGGGGCAGUAGACAGCUGUCUCAGGGACAGUCGUAGCAUGUGCUGGAUUAUUAGUGCAGCAGCUGACACUUUUUCCCAGAAGGGAGAGAGGCAGCAAGUCAGAAAGUUCACGGGAAUGAGUUGGGAGGGGGUCCCAGGGAAGGGGGACAGGCUGCCAGGAGAAGGAAAGUACACGGGAGAAAACAGUGGGGCUCUGAUGAGUUAGUAGGGUUCUGUUACCAAUAAAAUUGUUUCCAUAAACUGUACAUGUGCUUGAUGUCAAAUUAUCUAUGCAUUUUAAGUAGAAAAUAGAUUAGUAAAUUCUAGUGUUUGUAGAGGACUUUUUUUAGUCUGAUAUACCCUAAUCAGAUACUCUCAGCACCUAAGAUACAGGUGGUUGCUAAAAUUCAUUCAUUCCUUGAACAUUCAUUGAACACUUCAUUUUAGAGGCUGCCCUCUAAAAUCAUACCAAGGAAUUUUCCAAAGACAAUUGACUUUUUUUCCAGGAAGGUGGAUAAGCCCUUGGAACCUGGCCAAUUGCAUAUUUAAAAUUUAAAUAAAUGUAUACAUUUACUUACAUAUUUAUGAUUUAAAUAUAUAUACUUGAGGGGAAAUGGAUGCUUAUUAUUAAUGUUCUUCAUUUUGGCACAGGAAAGUGUAGAACUCGGGUCACUUGGUGUUUUUAUAAUCCAACAGUGAGAUAAAAACUAUUUCCAAAUGGCCUUCUGAAAACAUAAUUAUUAAAGAGCAGCUUUAUUAUUAGUAAUGUAGUAGACUGUGGCAGGUGCGGUGGCUCAUGCCUGUAAUUCCAGCACUUUGGGAGGCCGAAGCGGGCAGAUCACUUGAGGCCAGGAGUUUGAGACCAGCCAGACCAACAUGGUGAAAUCCCAUCUCUGCUAAAAGUACAAAAAUUAGCCAGAUGUGGUGGUACAUGCCUGUGAUCCCAGCUACUGGGGAAGCUGAGGCAGGAGAAUCCCUUGAACCUAGGAGACAGAGGCUGCAGUGAGCCAAGAUCGCACCACUGCACUCCAGCCUGGGCGACAGAGCAAGACUCCAUUAAAAAAAAAAAUGCAGUAGACUGCUAGUUGUUUCCCUGAAAUUGGCACAUAUCCUUGGCACAGGCUGCCCAGCUAAAACUACAUUCCCAGCUAGGCAGGCCAUGAGAAUCAGUGCUUGCCAGUGGAUUGUGAGUGGAAGUAAUGUGUGUAACUUCCACCUUAUUAGCUUGCAAGGAAUGUGCUUGUCCAGGGCUACCCCUCUGCAUCCUCUCCACUAGCUGGAAUGCAGACUGCCAGCAACAGCUUCAACUCUCGAUGAGGACAAGAUGAUGGCAUGGCAAGAAAGAAGGAAGCGGGGGUCCUGAGGAACAUUGAGGAGAUGAGCAGCUCCACCAGCCUGAUGGAUGGAACUGUAACUGGAAAGGGAAAUGAACUGCAUUCUUUUAAAACCACUAUAUAACUUUUAGACUUUCAAUUCAAGUAUAGUAAUCACGUAAAAAGUUUCAGAUGUCUUAAGUUAAUAGCUUGCUGAAUUUCAUAAACUGGACAUUCUAGGCAUCAGUACCUAGAUGAAGAAGCAGAACACAUCAGGAACCCAGAUGGUCUCUCAUACUCCUCUCCAGGCCCAUUCGUCAAAGAAUUUAUAACAGCUUCAGUGGAUUUUACCUGCUUUUCUACUUUCUAUAAAUGGAAUCACAGUGUAUUGUGGUAGAUGGACCACAGAUUUCUUCCAUUCCUGUAUGCAUGACCCUUUGCAAUGUGACUUCUACUCAGGGAGAGGUAGGGUCUAUUUUCACACCCUUGAAUCUGGGCUGGCCUUUUGACUUAUGGGGUGACCAAUAGAAUGCAGAGAAACGGACACGAUGCAGCUCCUGAGGCUGGGCCCUUACAACUCUUGAUAGUUACAACCCUUAGUUUUAAAACUUUGCAGCUUCUACUUUCACUCUCUUGAAAUGCUGCCCCCAGAAUGCCGUGUAAGGAAGGUGGUCUAGGCCACCUGGGAAAGAACUGAGCAUCACCAGAACGAGGUCACAUGAGGGUACCUCAGACCUUCCCACCAGCCAAAUCUGCAGCUGAGUGCAGCCUUAUGACUCAACUAAGGUGAAAUCAGAAGAGAAAUUGCACAGCUAUCCCAUCUUCUCAUGAGAAGUAAUCUGUCUGUUGUUUUAAGACAUUAAGUUUUGGGAUCUAUACUUGUUAUGCAGCGAAACAAGUAUAGAUUAGUGAAACAAGUAUGUACUCUUAUUUUGGUCAGGCUUCUGUUGCUCAACACGUUUGUAAGAUUGUUCCAUAUUGCUGCAUGUAGUUGAAUACCAUUCGCUCUCAUUGCUGUAUCCUAUUCCAUUGUAUGAAAAUAUUGUAAUUUAUCCAUUUAAUUACUGAUGGACAUUUGGGGGUAGUUUCUAGUUUGGGACUCUUACAGAUAGUUCUGCUAUGAACAUCUUAAUAACAUGUCUUCUGGUGAACAUCCACAAUACCUGUGUUUAUUACAUAAAUAGCAGAGGACUUGCUGGGCCGUACAUAGGGGAAUUCACAUGGUCAGUUUUAGUAUAUACUGUCAAUUUUCCAAAGAGGUUGUACCAAUUUGCUUCCCACCAGCUGUGCAGAAGCAUUAGUAGAGUGUCAGUUGUUCCACGCCCUUGUCAACGCUUUGUGCCCUUGACCUUUACAACCCUCCAUUUUAAAGAUGAGUGUGUAGAUGUUGAAAAGUGCACAAGGGGAAUGUUUGCUCCAUGAGCCAAUCACAGAAGGAAGCUGGGCCAGCUGGUUUUGGCAUCUACCUUCUCCCUGACAGCUCCAGGGAAGAGGCCAGACUUUAACAAUAAAACCUUCUAUGUGUAGAGUGCCCUAUAUUUUACAUACUACUUUCACAGUCAUAACCUUAUCUGAUUCUUCUAACAAAACAACACUCUGAGAAAGGCAUCAUGGAGAUUAUUACCUCUGUUCUACAGAGAAGAAAAAGUGACUUGCCCAGGAUCACUCAGUGUGUGGUGGAGCCCAAAUGGGAGCUCGGGUCUUUGACAUGCAGACUGGCUCUGGCCACCAAGGCCCUGUCUGGCAUCAUCCUGGUGGUAGUGGGCAUAAGGGCUGAGGGGAAGGGGGCAGGUAGAGGUGUUUGUACCUAUGGAAUAAGCGACAUGGGUUUAAACACCAUGGACAGAAGGAACAUCCAGCCCAUUUCCAGAUGUUAUCUCUCCAGGUUCUGGAACAUAACAUCCUGGCUAUUCAAGAUCCUACAGACAGCAAAUUGAAAAUCCCAGCUUUGGGCCGGGCACGGUGGCUCACGCCUGUAAUCCCAGCACUUUAGGAGGCCAAGGUGGGAGGAUCACUUGAGGUCAGGAAUUUGAGACCAGCCUGGCCAACAUGGUGAGGCCCCGUCUCUACUAAAAAUACAAAAAUUAGCCAGGCAUGGUGGUGCAUGCCUGUAAUCCCAGCUACUCAGGAGGCUGAGGCAGGAGAAUUGCUUGAACCUGGGAGGCAGAGGUUGCAGUGAACUGAGAUCGCACCACUGCACUCCAGCCUGGGCAACAGAGCAAGACUCUGUCUCAAAAAACAAAAAAAAAAAAACAAAAAGAAAAGAAAAGAAAAUCCCAGCUUUGGAUCAGGGGGUUGGUGUUACCUGGCACUGCGUAUUCAGAUGCUGGACUCAGUUCACCUGGAUUAAUUUUUUGGUAACUGGCUAACUUCAUGCAAUAACAAUGCAGAUGUUUAAAAUGAGGCUGCAUGGAAGCUGUCUGUGAUUCACCCUACAUGAAAAACACAGGUAACAAAAACCAUCGUACAGCAUCAUCCUAUUUUGGUAAAAAUAUCUCCAUACACAUGUCUGUACAUUCAUAGAUAAAGACUUGGAAGAAAUAUGGCAAAAAUACUAACAGUGUUGUAUCUGGGUAUUGAGUUUAAAGAUGAAUUUAUUUUCUUCUUUGUUCUUUUCUAUAUUGCUUGAUUUCUUUUGCAGUGAGGAUGUAUCAGUUUUUUUAAAUUUUAUUUUUGAAAUAGAGAAUACAUUCACAAAGUAAUAAUCAAGAGUCUAAAAGAUGAUACAAUAAAAAUUCCUUCUCUCGUCCCUGUCUGCCUUCCAUCUGGCUCCCUCCAGAGGUAAACAGUGUGACCAGCAACUAGUGUAUCCUUUUAGAGACUUUAUGCACAUAUAAGCAAAUAUUUGUUUGUUUUUUCCUAUUAUCACUUUUACAACCAAAAUACAAUAAAACUACCUUGAUUUUGAAGAAAAGGCUGUAGAAGACUCUUUGAUUAUAUAAAAAGAUGAAAAGUGAAAAACAGAGGCUA